GCCCCAGCCCAGCAGCACAGUGGGAGGACUAUCCCAUGCCAGGACUUGUGGCGGCUGCAGCGGCUAGCAGCCUCGACUGACUGGAGGAAGUGUGUUGGGGGUUGAGGGGAGCAGAGCAGCAGUUCAGGAACAGAGCAGAGCUUCCAUUUUAACACGGCCAGCAGCAGCCAACAGCCAGUAGUAGGAGCCAGCAGCAACAGCCUGGGAGGGAGCAACAGUGGGGGCAGCAGAGCCGGAACAAAGUGAGCUCACAGAAGAAGUGCCUCUAAUCACCCUGCAACCGCAUUCCAGCACGGGAGAGCCAGUCAGCUUCCUCUAAGCCUGUGUGACGGGCUGAGAGCUGUUUUACUCCUCUUCACCUGGACUGGACUUUACCCCCUUCUUCCUAGCAGUGUCUGACUGCCGAAAGAUUUUAAAGAAAAUAAAAGUUAAUUUUUUUGUUUUUUAAACGGAAGAAAACCCAGAUGUGAAGAUGGAGGAGGGAUACGAACUUGACCUGACUUAUGUGACGGAGCGGAUCAUCGCUGUAUCCUUCCCCCGGGCAUGCUCAGAGGAGAUCUACCUCCACAUCCUGAAGGAUGUCACACGGAUGCUCAAGUCCAAGCACGCCGAUAACUACCUGAUUAUCAACCUGUCGGAGAAGAGACAUGAUCUCUCUAAAAUGAACCCUAAGACUCUGGACACGGGCUGGCCUGACCUGCAUGCCCCUCCUCUGGAUAAGAUCUGUACCAUCUGUAAGGCCAUGGAAAACUGGCUCAAUGCUGACCCUCUACACGUGGUGGUCAUACACUGCAGGGGUGGGAAAGGCCGAAUUGGAGUGGUCAUCUCAUCAUUUGUACAUUUCACUGACAUAUCUGCCAGUGCUGAUCAGGCCCUGGACCGUUUUGCAAUGAGGAAGUACUACGAUGACAAGGUCUCAGCAUUGAUGACACCCUCUCAGAAAAGGUACGUUUGGAUCCUGAACAGUCUCCUGAGUGGGUCGAUGAAAAUCAAUGCCUCUCCACUGUUCCUGAAUUGUAUCAUUCUACAUGGGAUACCAAACUUUGACAAUGCAGGAGUGUGUCGGCCAUACCUGAAAGUCUACCAGGGAAUGCAAUCUGUCUACUCCUCAGGGGUCUAUCACAUUGGGCCUGGACACAGAGACAGGAUAUGUAUCAGUCUGGAACCUGCUCAGCUGUUAAAGGGAGACAUCAUGGUGAAGUGUUACCAUAAGAGUGAUGUCAUUUUGGAGCGUGAGGUAAUCUUCCGGCUCCAGUUCCACACAGGAGCAGUGCAGGGCUACAACCUGAUGUUUGAGAAAGAAGACAUGGAGACUGCCAAUAAAGAUCCCAGAUUUCUGGAUUACGGGAAAGUGGAGCUGGUUUUCUCAGAGGGCCCAGAGAAGAUCCCAGGUGCAGAGCGCUGGCAGAACGGGUCAGAUGUCAGUGUGGACUACAACAUAGCCGACCCUCUGACACGAUGGGACUCCUACCAGAACAUAAUUGACAGGGAAGUGCCCCGCUCUCAGGGACUGGCCCAGGACAAAGCCACCCCAUCCAAGAGGAGCCCUAACUGGGGAGGAUCCACCACCCUGACCCUGGGCUGUGGAGCCCACCGAGCCACCUCUGCCACCAGCAGCCCCGACCACAGCGACCACGCCCUGUCAGCCAGCAGCGACUCAGGCCUGUCCAGCACCUCUCUGUGGACUGACCGACCCCCAGCCCCCAUCACCACAACCACCAGCACCAGGCCCCAGCAGGGCCCCAGCCGUCAAGAGAAGGCCCAGCUGAAGCGCCUGCUGAGCGGGUUCGGCCUGGAGGAGAUGUCUGAGUGCGAAGGUGGAGGGCCAGGAGGGGUGACCGUACAGAGGCUGUUCCCAGCCCAGGUGCAUGUCAACGGGGACCCGCGACCCCCCAGAGAGAGGGAGACGGACAUCCUGGAUGAUGAGGUCCUCCUGUCGGGUCACGACCUGCUCAGCGUGGACAGCCUGGGGACCCUGUCGUCCUCCUGCCACAAGAGCAGCCAGAACUCCCUGCUGUCGGAUGGCUUCGGUAGCCCUGGGGGAGAGGAGCACCAGCCCCACCACCACCAACCCCAGCACCACCACCCAGCCCCGGCCGCUAUGGAGGAGUACGAGAGGGCCUACGCAGAGGCCCGGAGGGGCUGCUUUGGCCAGAGGAGCGCCUCAGUCUCCACCCCCGCCAGCGCCGUGCCUAUGCCCAAGCAGCAGGUCUACCGGCAGGGCAGCUACUCCACACACACCUGGGUUCGCCAGCAGCAGAUGGUAGCAGCCCAUCAGUACGCCUACCUGCAGGCCGAGGAGGCUGAGGAGAGGGAGAGGUACCCAGUGGACAACAAAUCGCAGGAGGGAUGCCCACCCAAACCUCCAGCCCCUACAGUGUCACAACAAGGACCCGUGCUGAGCAUGGACACUGCUGCCUCGAGAACGGUGGUGGCACCACAGACUCAAAAUGAGCAGCUUCCUGCAGUCGUCAACAACAACAACAACAGCCGAGACGAGGAGUUCAACUCUUUGACUGUAGACAUUGAUAACUCCAUCGACCAGCUCAACCAGUUGAUCAUGGACCUGGACCCCACGUUCGUGCCGGUGCCCACACGGUCCAGCUCGGUCAAGAGGAACGGCGGGGAGCAUGUGAAUGGCUCGGCCACCACCAACGCCACCUCCACCGGCUGCCCCAACGGAGUCAGUCCCAGACUCACAGAUAACAGUACAGCCGCAUUGCAAAACACACAUCUGUCAGCUGCCCCAUUGUCCGUUGGUGAUGUCAGAGUGGACGCCAUGCGGAGUCUGAGUCGGCAGGGCAGUGAUGUCACAGAUCACCCAGGGUUCUGUGGCUCAGGUUGGGGUGUGCAGGAGGAGUACAAGAGCACACAGACCUACUCACCCUGCGUACCUCACUCACAGCAUGGCAUGCUGUACAGGAGCGACAGUGUUGACUACAGAGCUCAGGGUCCAGAGAUGGACAGUGGAGUGGAGGCUGGUAGUGACAUGACUCCUACUCCUGCCUUCCCUAUCUCUCCCCCUACACCUUAUGUGAAAAACAUGGCGGAAUUCACUCACCUGAGGCAAACUCCAUCUCCCAGCAUGCAAUCCUACGGGGUUUACAGGACGGAGCAUGAGCCCAGAGGUUACUUAGAGAUGAUUGGUCAUGUUCCCCAGUCUGCAGAACAGGGCCUGACAGACUCCUCCCCCAGCUGCCAUAGGUCCUUCGGCUCCUCUCGAUCUGACUUCAUUAGUGGGACGCCCCAACGGACAGACAGCCCCUCCAUGGGUCAGCCCUGGCCAGAGGACAGAGCCCUCCUGAGCCACCACGCCUCCAUCAGCAGCUGCCCCACCCCCAGACACCCCCUUCCACGCUCCAUGUCCUUGGACUACGGCCACCACUCCCCUCCCAUGCACUCCCACCCUCACGCUGCCCACAGCUCCCCCAGGGGCAGCCAGCAGAGCCGCAUGGCCCACUAUGGCCUCACCCACAGCCCCGCGCACAGCUUCGACGAGCCGGACGACUUAGGCCUAGGGGGCUAUGGCGCCGCCGACUGCCCAGCCUCUGCUUCUUCUCUCCUGGGGAACGGAGUGAUGGAGAGGGGCCUGUCCAUGAUGGGUUCCAUGGAUGGGCAGGGCACCAUCCGGACCCAGCACCUGCAGCAUCUCCAGCAGCUGCAGCAGCUCCAGGCCCAGGGGGCCUUGCCUCCACUGCUGCCCGAGAAGAGGAGGGAGUUGGACGGGGAGCACUCCUUGGGCACAGCCUCCCCAGCCCCUAGUGGCUUCUCCAGCCCACACAGUGGGAGCUCCCUCAGUAUCCCAUUUCCCAACAUCCUGCCUGACCUCUCAGCCGCUGCACAGAUGCCGGGCAACGCUUCACCUCUGCCAGAUGUCCUGGCCAGCAAGCAUGUGACUGUAAACUUUGUGCAAGACACAUCGAAAUUCUGGUACAAGCCUGAUAUCUCCAGGGACCAAGCUAUCUCAGUCCUGAAGGACAAUGAGCCUGGAUGUUUCAUAGUACGGGACAGCCACUCCUUCAGAGGAGCCUAUGGGCUGGCCAUGAAGGUGGCCACACCCCCUCCCUCAGUCCUGCAGCAGAGCAAGAAAGGAGAUCUGUCCAAUGAGCUGGUCCGUCACUUCCUGAUUGAGUGUACACAGAAAGGAGUGCGGUUGAAGGGCUGUCCCAAUGAGCCCUACUUUGGUAGUUUAACUGCGUUGGUGUGUCAGCACUCCAUAACUCCCUUGGCCCUGCCCUGCAAACUCAUCAUACCUGACAGAGAUCCUCUUGAAGACAUGGUGGAAAAUACUACUACACAAUCUGUCACCAACUCUGCUGCUGAGCUCCUUAAACAAGGAGCAGCGUGUAAUGUGUGGUUCCUGGGCUCAGUGGAGAUGGAGUCUCUGACGGGGUACCAGGCUGUGCAGAAGGCCACCAGUGUAACACUGGGCUCAGACCCCCUGCCCACCUCCACCGUGGUCCACUUGAAAGUCUCCUCACAGGGAAUCACCCUCACCGACAACCAGAGGAAGUUGUUCUUCAGAAGGCAUUAUGCAGUGACCACUGUCAUCUUCUGUGCAUUGGACCCUCAAAAUCGGAAGUGGAAAAAAGAUGGCUGCACUUCAGCAAAGAUCUUUGGCUUUGUGGCGAGGAAGACGGGCAGUGGGCAGGAUAACGUGUGCCACCUGUUCGCCGAGCACGACCCCGAGCAGCCCGCCAGCGCCAUCGUCAACUUUGUCUCCAAGGUGAUGAUUGGCUCCCAGAAGACCAAGUAGCCCUGCCACGCUGCUAGCUAAUUGGCUAGUGGGGCUGUUUCUAAACUGAAAACCGUACAACCCUCAACCUGAAGGUUAUGAGCCAGGACUUGGACAGGAAGGCAGUGGACAGGCAAGCAGUGGAACAGAGUUCCACCCACAGAACUAGAAUGGGUUUCGUGAGAUUCUAUUUCUAUGGUAACACCACGUAAGAAUGGGAUACAAUUGAUAACAAGCAUGAAAAGACUUACAAGUUACAACUCCACAACCUAUCCAAGUCAUCUCCUGCUUACAACACAGAGGGAACUGUGGACCAUCAGCAGGACAGGAGACUCGAUGAGAUCUUUCAUUGAGUCGAAUUAAAACUCAAAACUCCUUUGACUUCAUUUUCUAACAGACUCUUUUCUUAUGAUGAUUAUUAGGGGUGUGUCCGGAGGGAAAAAGAGAAUAUACAACAGCUAUGUUAUAAGAUGUGUAUUUCAUUUUCAUUUAUUGUUGUAGAACUAACACAGAUGUUUGCAUUUCUGGCUCGAAAGGGUUUACAGUUUUAUGUAUCCCAGCUCUUACAAGCUAGUUACAUUUUCCUAUUCUCAACAUGCUCCGUAUGGUGUGAUACUAUACUAUAGGGAAGCAUAGAAGCCUGGCAUGUAAGGGUUUGUCAUGUCUAAUAUUUAACCAAAAAUAAAUAAACUAUAUAAAGCAUUAUUCAAGCUAUUAAAAACGGUAAUGAAAAAUACUGUAAAUCAUAACUUCUCCUUAUGUUAUCAAAAACUUUAUUUUUGUAAAUGCAUCAUAUACUAUUUGAAAAGUAAUAUCUAUUGACUUUAUGUUCUAACAAAAAAAUUGAAAUGUUUUCCCUGAACUGAUGUUUCACCAUCCCAAUCAUUUCUCUUGAAUUUUUAUAUUGCUCAACUCUUGAAAUGUAUGUGAAUUAAAACAACUAUCAAAACAAUAACACAUACAAAUGCAAAGAUCUGGAAGGGGAGUGUUGGAAUGAAUCAGACCACAGAAAAAUAUUAUAUAUGUAAACCCUAAUAUAUUCUAUGAUUUCCUUAUAUAAUUUGUUAAUUACGUGUACUUUGAAUUCAUUUACGACUUUGUUCAGUACUACUUUGUCUGGAAGAAUGUUUUAAAAUGGAUAAAUUACUGUCUCAAAUAAG